AUGGCAAAUAAUGUGCAUAUCAUUGUGAUGCCUCACAUUGAAGACCUUGAAGAUAACUCUCCUCUAUUCGUUGCGGUGCCAUUUGAAAGGGUUGGGGAAGUGGAAAAUGCCAUUGCUGACAGGUAUGGAAUUCCAAAUGAAGAUCAACUUCUCGUUCACCUUGGAACUUUGAUGAAGGAUGAUGACUCAUAUCUGCAUGAAUUCAAUAUAAAUGAUGCGGCACACAUCGAUCUGUAUCGGAGGUUGCCCUCUGGAACGAUGGUUGCUGUUCCAGUCCAUUGGCAGGAAGAAAUUUACUCGAUCGAGAACUACAACAACGAGCACUCAGUGCGCAAGCUCAAGAAGAGACUGGACAAGAUAGGGGUGGGUGUGCCCCCACGUCGCCAAACACUGAUAUAUCAGAACAUUCUGAUGGCUGAUGAUGACCAAUUAUUGGAGUAUCUUAAUGAUGCUCAUCAUAAUGAUAUUUACCUAUUGGAGACCCCAACAGAUCCAGAUUACUUGAUGCAACUGAGGGUGAAGGUGGAAGGAACAUAUGAGGAAGAAGUGUUUGAUGUGGAUGAUGAUGAUACUCUGUAUACGUUGCUAGCUAAAGUUCAGAAAGCUGGCCUAGCCGAUGAUCGUGCAUGUUACUUCAUGCUUGAUGAUAGGAAACUGGAUUCAAGGGGAACUGUUGCUGACCAUGGACUUCUAGUAGGUGACAUUUUGCGUUUGAUUUAUGAAGAAUAG